AUGAUUAAAAGACUGGAUCAUCUGGUUCUAACGGUACGUGAUGUACAAGCUACUUGUGCAUUUUAUACACGUUAUUUACAAAUGGAACUAAUAACAUUUAAAGGUGAUCGAAAGGCUUUAAAAUUUGGCCAGCAAAAAAUCAACUUGCAUCAAUAUGGAAAUGAAUUCGAGCCGAAAGCUCACCAUCCAACUCCUGGUAGUGGCGAUUUAUGUUUUAUUACAUCCGAGCCUAUCAAAUUAAUACAAACCCGUUUAGAAAGCAAAGGUAUUCGCCUAGAAGAAGGUCCUGUUCAAAGAACUGGAGCCAAUGGACCUAUUUUAUCCAUUUAUUUUCGUGAUCCUGAUGGAAAUUUAUUAGAACUUUCUAACGAACUUUGA